GAUGUACGCGGAACAAAGAUGAGUGGCAUGUUUUUGCGCACUACUAACAACUGCCAUGACCAAACAAAGAAAACGUUGUGAUCUACCAUACAAACGCGACCACAGUAAGGGGAACAAAUUUAUUUCUUACAGAUAUCCCCGAAAGCUUUGGAGAACCAUAAAGCCGCCAACCAUGGCGCAAAAUAACCCAAGCCAAAGUCGCAAUGUCCCCAAAUAUGGCGCCUGGUCAGGAAAUCCUCAAAUAUCGGGGCUCACGCCCCUUGCCCCUAUUUUCCCCAAAACACAAAUGGAUCCUGCAGAUCUUGUUCUCCGAAACAGAAUUGAAGAGUUUCAGCGAGAGCAAUUUGAUGGAUUUACCUCUCGAGAAUUGGCGGAUAUGGAUGUUAUCACCGACAGGCACUUGAAAGAUUCUACUUUAAACAAUCCCAUCAUGCCACUCUUUCAACAGCAGAGAUGGGAAAUAAAACCCCAUCAGCCGGAUUUGACGAGGGAUCAUAUGUAUCCGCUGAUAAUCGAUGGAGUGCAGAGGGGAGAUUGGUCAAUGCAUAACCCGCUGGUUUAUGAAAAGAUGAAGCCGGUUUUGCAAUUGGCUAGUAGAACUAUAACAAGCAUGUAUACAUUACCGUGGUUCGCAGCUCUAAUAUUCGGUAAAAGAGUUCCUAUAGAUCCAGCGAGGAUUCGUUCAAGAGAUGAAGUGCCAGAUAAUUUGGUUUCAUUCCUCCCAUACAAUAUCACAGAUUACAGUUUUGUUCAAAAUAGAAUGAAAGAGGUAUUUGAGGAUCUAGAAGAAACCUGGAAUUGCAAAUUCGGCUUCAUGUCACCCGAUGAAGAUCCUCGCGGUCCCGAAUAUCCCAUCGAUCCCGAAGAUACACUUCCAGAUAGUGUAUAUGGUCUUACUGUAACAAAUUAUCAGUACAUGGAGUACCACGAAGCGGAAAAUAAGAAAUGGCAGAUUUACGUAUGGCUUGCUUAUUCAAGGUUACAAUCGUUGUUUAGAAAUGAUUUGACUACUUUGGAGAGAAAAUUAGUGGAAUGGGCAGCUGCUAUUACACUUGUGCAUGAGAUUGUUCAUGCGAUUAAUUUCGUUUGUCCGAGAGUAGAUGGGACGAGUGUGGAAAAUCCGGAUGAUGAGAAUCCGCCGUGGUUCUUUGAUCAGGAACCGUUGGCUGAAGCGGGGUUUAGUUUUGAAGUUGCUUUAAAUGGAGGAACUGUCCGUUCUUUUACUACGGUGAGAGGAAUGCCAUAUGGGCAUUGGUUUGAGACGGUGUGGCCAUCGGUAGAAAGUCAGGAUCUUUGUGGAUCGAAAAGUAUUACGUUAAUGAACCCUGGACCCUUCGAUUAUCAGGAAAGGUUUCCAAUACCGGCUUCUUUUUAUGAAGAUAUGCAGCAAAGAGAGUUUUGGGAUUAUAUGGUACAUAGAUUUGGACACAAACUGUUUCACUAUCGAUCGAUCAACCACGGCGUUCGUCUGAAUUUCGACAUAUAUAAACAUAACAGAACGCCAAUAAAGUUUAGAGAUGUAUCGACUAUACGCAUAGGCCCGGUGUCUCAUCAGUUAGGACAGAAUCAUGAAGUUCUGAGAGAGAGGUGGGAAAGUGUCCAUACAAUAAUCGGUGCGCAAGGCGAACCCGAAGAGAGGAAAAUUGCUCAAAGUUUCGGAAUGUCUUUAUUGCAAAGUUCCAAGAUCGAGAAUUCAUUCUGGACUCACGAAGAAGCACAGCGGAGAGGUGUUGCAGCUAUAUUUGAACAUCUCAAGAAACAGAGCGUUUCGGAAGAAGAGAGACUCUCCGAUUUCACUCACUUGAUUGGAUUCAUUCGGACUAUUGUACAGAAUCACAAGAGUAAGAUUGAUGCUUUAUUAAAAUCUGGGCAAGCUGCGAUUCCGCAAAUCCAAAUCCCCUCGGAAGAGCGUCGAAGAGCGUUACUUACUUGGAAUAGAGGAACAUCGAUUUUCGUAAAGCAAUGCUCCCAACAAUUUCCGAACGCUUCAGAAGGCCAUAAAUUCCAACUUUCGACGCUUGGGCUCAGUCUUGAAAUCCUCCGCUUACAACUUUUUUCUCCGAAUCUCCAAACUGAAACUAUUAAGUCCGGACCCGAUUUCAUGGAAUUGGCUUUACUGCUGCGUCUACAGGAUUUCUUUCACAAAGGUGAUAUAAUUCCGUGUCGAGAUAUCGUGAAGAGGAUUAGGGAGAUAGAUGGAUGUUCACUUUUUGCAAAUAUGUGCGUUGUGUGGAUGGAAACGACGAUUUAUGAAGGGUCUGAAACGGAUUUGGAUAGAGUGAAGAGUCUGGGGGUUUUUGAGGUAAUGGGGACUUGGUGGAGAGAGUUGUGGGAGAAGAGUAGUGGGGGGGAGUGGGAGGGGAUGUUCAGAAUUUGGGAGUUGGUGAGAGUGGAGGCGGAGAGGAGGGUGAUGGGUGCGCAUCACAUGUAAGGGGUUGGGGAUGUAUUUGAGAUUCUUGAUGGUAACUAUUAGAUAGAAUAGUUUAGACACUUUCCACGUGGAAGAAUCGGCUGCGUUAUGAUUUCUUUUUGGCUGUGGUGAAUGUUCAUAUUUCAUGUAGUCUGGAUUUUGGCCAUUCGUUGCAUAGUCUACACGGAUCAUAUGCUUCUUAAGAGAUUAUGACAUGAAUAAACUUCCAUAUAAUCAAGUAUUGAAUCAAAAGAGAAUAAAUUCUCGCAGAAAUUCAUGACUCAACCGGGUCUAUUUCAUAUAAAUGCCUUUGACAACUUCACUACAUCAUCAAUUACAUUUCCGACUUGAUCA